AAAGCAAAAACGUCAAUAGGUUAAUUUGUAUCAUUGUAUGUACCCUGCACUGUUGGGACCAUUGAAUUACAAUCGUACAUGUUAUCAGUUAGCUGUAAUAGCAUUUGUACUUCUCCAUGUCUCAAAUAAUCGCUGAUAAUGUGGACGUUGCUUGUUAUUACACAACAAAGCACUCGUGGAGGGGAAAAUACAAACGUUUAUUUGCCGUUGGAACGAAAGGUAUUACGACGUACAAUCCAAACUCAUUAGAAAUUACAAACCAAUGGUCAUACAGCGACUUUGCUGGAAUUCUUGCCGAUACCAAAUCGAAAAACAACAAUGAAUUCAUCAUAUCACUCAGAAAGACCGGAAAAAAGCAUGAAACGAUGCGAUUUUCAAGCGACUAUAGAGAAGAUGUUAUAACAGAAGCUCUGCGCUACUGCAAUCAUUUCUCCGAGACUUACCAUAAAGUACAAAGGUUUAAUGCAAUGAAACAUCAUUGGACAGACACCAGGCUACCUGUUGUGCUUGAGGUUGGGGCUGGUGGCUUGCAUCAAAUAGAAGCUUCAACCAAAGCCACUUUAUCUUCGUAUGAUUAUAAAAGCAUUGAAGGUUUUACCGAGGUUUCUGGAUACCCAGGUGGCAUAGCAGUUAUUUACAGCUUUGGAAGAAUGCAUCUAUUUGCGUGUCAACAAGCGGAUGAUUUGAUCCGAGCUUGUGUGGAUGCAGCUGCAAGGAAUGUAGGGAUUGUUCUAAAGAAGAGGAAGGAGCCAAUCACGUUUGAUCAGUUUGUAAACUACCGGCUGGGUAAAUAUAGUGAGGAUGAACAUAUUACUUCGUUGGCGGAGUUCCCUGUGCAAAAGAUCACAAAUCGUGCAAUGGAGCCAGUCAGAAGAACUUUAUGCUUAAGUGAGACUUGUAUAUUGGAGAGAGAUCCCGGCACUUAUUGCAUUCCGACUUUGCACCCACUAUCUGAGAUCUUUUCACUCGUUCGAAGCAUGCAUGACCCACAAAGAUUCACUAUCGAAUAUCGUAACGGACAAAGUCGGCAUUAUGCUUCUACUGACAGGGAUUCAUUGCUUGCUACUUUACUUGAUGGUGUGCGUGCCAGUGGUAACAGGGAUGUCUGUAUUAAGAUGACCCCAACCAACUUGGGUCAAAGGUUGGGACCCCAGAGAGUAUAUUUAGACGAGGAUGUGGAGAGCAUGCACCUCAAGUUCCUUUCUCAACAUCCAACUGGAAACUUUACUGAUGCUGUGUUCAGAUUUAACAACUGCGUGCAAUACAGGGGUUUACUAUGGGCAGUUAAACAGGAUGGAUUCUUUUCUGAAAACAAAGAAAAAAUGAUUAACAGUGCAAUAAACGCCCUGCUGGAAAAAGAGGGUGAUCAGGACAAAAUAUCUGACCAAGAGUUGGAAGCACAGUUUCACGCUCUGCGUAGACUGGUGGCUUCCAAAGCUGGUUUCUGUGCUUUCACACAACUUCCAAGGUUCAGGGAAAGCCUUGGGAUGAAAGUGAUUAAAGCUUUGCAGAGGAACAGUGAUGGUGUGACACACGCUGCUAUUGAUACUUUGUCUACAUUGCUGAGUCCUAUGCACGAUAAAUACGAUCUUCGGCAAGAACAACUGAACAAAGCAUCAUUGCUCUCAUCCAAGAAGUUUCUGGAAGCUUUACUUAAGCAGUUUGAAGAAAGAGUGUUCAAAGGCAGGGGAGCAUUGGUGAUAAGUGCAAUGUUGGAUUUCCUCACCUUUUCAUUAUGUGCACCACAUAGUGAAACUACUGAAGGAAAAUGCUUUGACCAAUUGCUGCAGUUGGUGGCUGACAUGGGGCGCUGUCUGUUCAAGUUAUUUCAGCAUCCAUCAAUGGCGAUAGUUAAAGGGGCUGGGUUGGUCAUGAAAGCAAUUAUUGAGGAAGGAGAUUCAGAAACUGCAGCUCACAUGCAGGAACUCGCCCUUGCUGAGGGGGCAUUACCGCGCCAUCUUCACACUGCAAUGUUCACGAUGUCAGCUGACACCCGUCUCCUCAUAAACCGCCAACUAAGUCGUCAUCUACUCGGCUUAUGGGUGACGGGCCAUCCGCCAGCUAUGGGGUUACUCAAGAGAAUUCUGCCUGCAGGUUUGCUUGCUUACCUUGAUUCAGAUGAUGAAGUUCCACAAAGUGAACAGGACUUGCUUCAUAUGCGUGAUAACCUUAAGUCAGCAAUCGAUCAGACGAAGCAGAAUUCUCAAUGGAGGCAACUUGACCGACAACUUAAACAGAUUGAGCGACUUGUCAGCAAACAAGCCAAUGUUUUGCUAACUCACUGGAGAGACACGAUUGGAAUUGAAAAACAAAAUCAGAAUCAACAAAAACCUAUUGUUUUAAGAAAACGAAGACAGAGAAUUAAAACAGAGGCCAACUGGCCCUUGUUUUACUAUAAUUUUACGAUUGACCAUGCCAAGCCAAAUCUCAUUUGGAACCACAAGACUCGUGAAGAAUUGAAAACAGCUUUAGAAAACGAGAUGAGAGCAUUUCAUAUUGACCAGGAACUUGGUAGGACAACUGAAAUUGCAUGGAAUCAUCAUGAAUUUGAGGUCCAAUACGAAUGUCUUGCUGAUGAAAUAAAGAUUGGAGAUUAUUAUCUUCGUUUGCUCUUAGAGGAAGAGUUUGAAGAGGAGUUAGCGAUCAAGCGAUCAUAUGAGUUCUUCAAUGAUCUUUACCAUCGAUUCCUACUUACCCCCAAGACUGCCAUGAAAUGCAUGUGUUUGCAAGCCAUGGCUAUUGUGUAUGGGAAGUGUUGGGAGGACAUUGGGGCUUUCAAUGACACCAAGUACAUUGUUGGGAUGCUGGAAAGGUGUUCAGACAGAUUGGAACGAGAUCGAAUAAUUUUGUUCGUUGAGAAACUGAUAAAGCAUAAGAGGAACGUAAAAGAGGUUCUGGAUGCAAACGGAGUCCGGAUUCUUGUUGACCUUCUCAGCAUGGCCCACUUGCACACAACGCGCGCGCACGUGCCCACACAGCGCAACGUGAUCGAGGCCACAGCUGAGAUGAUGUCGGGUGCUGGGGAAAAGGAAUGGUAUUUUGGGAACAAGGAGAAGGAAAGACUCGGCCCUUACAGCUUCAAUGAGGUAAAUACUUUGUGGCCUUACUUUUGGCACUGCCUGCACAUAAUAGACCAGAUAUUCAUCGUAAUGUAUUUCCAGUUGCUUCUUACAUUUGAUCCAAUCUUGGUGGAAAAGGUUGCCAUUCUACUGCUUGAUGUGAUGAUGGACAAUCCUUCACUCUCUCGCAUUUAUUUAUCAGGCGUUUUCUUCUUCAUCUUAAUGUACACGGGUUCAAAUGUUCUUCCUGUUGGAAAAUUCCUGCAAUAUCUUCAUCUUAAGCAAGCAACAAGAGCUACAGAAGAGUCCUCCAGUGAGAUGCUCGCACGCAGCAUCCUGGGAGCGCUCUUCCCGGAGGCGAUGAUCCAUUACCUUGAAAACUACGGAGCGGAGAAGUUUUCCGAGAUUUUCUUGGGAGAGUUCGAUACUCCUGAGGCGAUCUGGAACAGUGAGAUGAGGAGAUACAUGAUAGAGAAGAUAGCAGCUCAUAUUGCCGACUUCUCUCCACGUUUAAUGAGCAAUGUGAGAGCCAUCUAUCAGUACGUACCUAUUCCUGCCAUCAGCUUUCCUCAGCUAGAAGAAGAAUUAUUUUGUAAUAUUUAUUACCUGCGUCACCUAUGCAAUGAGACUAGAUUCCCAGACUGGGAAAUUAAAAAUCCGGUCUCAUUCCUGAAAGAUGUGUUGGGAGCUUGGAAGAAAGAAGUCGAGAAAAAGGGACCAAAUAUGUCGUAUGAUGAAGCAUAUGAUACACUACGUCUACCUAAGGAUAAAGCUCCGUUUAAUGAAAGCCAGAUACGAAAGGCUUACUUUAGAAUGGCACAGAAAUAUCAUCCAGACAAGAAUCCGGAGGGCAGGGAUAUAUUUGAAGCAGUGAACAAAGCUUAUGAGUUCCUCUGCACAAAGAAGAAGAGAGUGGUUGAUGGUCCUGAUCCACAAAACUUGCUCCUUAUUCUUAAAACACAAAGCAUAUUGUUCAGGAGAUUCAAGGAAGAGCUCGCGCCAUACAAGUACGCUGGCUACCCUGCCCUUAUUAAAACCAUCACCAUGGAAACUGGGGAUGUAGAUUUAUUUAGUAAAGCAGAACCCUUGUUACCUGAAGCAACCGAACUGGCUUUCCAUACCGUCAACUGCUCUGCAUUAAAUGCUGAAGAACUGAGGAGAGAAAAUGGAAUUGAGAUUCUUCAAGCUGCCUUUGCACGUUGUGUAUCGAUGCUCUCAUUCUCUUCCACCCAAGAUGAUGUAGCAGUUAAAGUUUGCAUGCAUGUGUGUCGCUGUUAUGCGGUGGCUGCACAGUUUGAGGAGUGCAGGGAAAAAUUUAUGGCAGAUUCGAACAUAGUAAAGGACGUUUGCAGAAUCCUGUAUUACAAGACCCUACCAAGACUAUGCAGCGUCGCUACAGAAUGUGUGAGUGCGUUUGCUAUGGACAUGGCUCUACAAACCCAACUAUUCAAGUGUGGAGUGUUAUGGCAUCUGUUGCUGUACUUGUUCAACUAUGACUUUACACUGGAGGAAGGAGGAGUUACUAAGAGUGAGAAUACCAACCAACAGGAAGUUGCAAAUAGGUUGGCACGGCUGAGCAUUCAUGCCCUUGCUUGUUUGGGUGGUUACCUUACACAAGAACCCGUCAAUCCAUUGCUUCAUAAAUCCCUGUGCUCACUAAUCACGCCUUAUCUCACCAAACUUAUUGGGCAAGCAAAAUAUUCGGAGGUAUUGAAAGUACUUAACAGCAACACUGAGAAUCCAUACUUAAUGUGGGAUAAUGGAACCAGGUUUGAGUUGGUUGAAUAUCUUGAACAGCAACAACAAGACACUGUUCGGACUGGAAAUUGUGAUCCCUCGUACGGAGCAGAUUUUGUCUUCUCUCUUCACCAGAAGGAACUCAUUGUUGGCGAUAUAUUUGUUCGAAUAUACAACGAACAACCAACUUUUAGUAUUGAAGAACCAAAGAUCUUCUGCCAAAAACUGCUUGAAUAUCUUCUUAAAAUAUCUGAGUUACCAACAUUAAGUGAGGAGAACUUGACGUACUGUAGUUAUGCCUUGCAAGCUUUGUCCAAUGUUAUAAAGAACAACCCAGGCAAUGAGGUUGAAUGCAUCGGACACUUCCAACUUUUAUUCAGUUUACUCAACAGUAAAUAUAAAGCUGAUGUUCAAUUAAUGGCAUUGGAGCUACUAACAGUGGUCACGAACAACAAGAUGUGUGUAGAAAACAUAGCUGACUGCAGGGUUUGCACUCUUCUCCUUCUAACACUACGUGGUCUCAGUAGUAAUGGCGCAACGAACGUACUCAACAUUUUUCAUGCUCUAUCUUCCAACACCAAAGUCGUUAAAGAACUUCUACAGCAAGGAGCUGUGUUGUAUUUAUUGAACGUAUUCUGCAACUCCACCAACCCAGCGUUGCGUCAACAAACGGCUGAACUAUUUUCAAAACUCACAGCAGAUAAACUAACUGGGCCCAAGAUCCGCAUCCAUCUCAGCAAGUUUCUCCCUGUUAUCUUUGUGGAUGCGAUGCAGAGUUCCCCUGAAGCAUCAGUUCAUAUGUUCGAGGGAAAUCAUGAAAACCCAGAGCUUAUUUGGAACGAUCAGUCUCGUGAAAGUGUCUGUGGUUCUGUGAAGCAAAUAACAGCAGAUCUAUACAAGGAACAGUUGGUGAAACCAAACACCCCGUGGCAUCUCCCGAGUAACUUUGUGCCCGUGUACCAAGGUGUGGAUGCCGAUGAAUUAGAGGUUGGGGGUGUGUACCUGCGUUUGUUCAUAUCCCAACCAGGUUGGGUUCUUCGUAAACCUCGUGAGUUUACUGUUGAGAUCAUGAAUUCUUUCACGAAGAUUAUUUCAUCAACAAAACUUCACGGUGAGACACUUGAAACUGUUACUCAAGCUGUUUGUUGCUUGUUUGCCAUGCAACCAACACUAGCUGAGCAUAUUCCAUCGCUUGGCCAUCUCCCAACUGUAUUCAAACAAAUGGCGAAUAAGAACGACGCAAUUCCCAACGCGUGCAUUUCAGUGGUGCACGUUUUGUCCGAUAAUGAGACAUGUGUGCAAGGUUUUGCGGAGACAGAUUGCAUGAAACCACUGAUAGUUGGAAUGAAGGCGAGACCUGACAAAGUUGGUCUUGCAUGCGAGGCUCUGCAUCGAAUGUUCAGUAAAAAUAUCAGCCCCAAACUUAUGGCCCAGGUUGUGCAGUCAGGGCUUGUGGCUUACCUAUUACAACUAUUAGAUGACACAGCUUUACAAAACACUGGAAUGUCUUCAACCAAAGCUCAGAUCGUGAAGUCUUUGAAAGCAAUGACACACAGCUUAGAGUAUGGUGAACAGAUUCAAGAAGAAUUAAACAAAUCCAGGACCUGGGCAGCAUACAAAGAUCAAAUGCAUGAUCUCUUCAUAUCCAACACUUCAGUGGCCGGCUAUCUAACUGGCGGACCCGCAGUGGCUGGCUACCUUACUGCUGCCCCAACUCGUUCAAUGCCCCAAUCACCCCCUUCUGUUGAAGAUGUUACCCCCUAAAAGACCCCACAUUUAUAUAGGGGGGUCUCGUGUUAAAGUGGGGUCUAUUAUUGUUGCUCCGUUAUUUUUAAAUCAACCAAUCAUUCGCGAUACGAGCGCCAAAUUUCAGAUGGUUGUUUAACAAUUUAUAAAUGAUUCGAACUCACUUUGUUUGACAUUAACGCCUGUCCGAAUGUGGUGUCAUAUUAACCAUUAUUGAGACUUAAUAUUUAUCAAUUUAAAAAAACGAUCCUUCAAUGAACUAUAGUGCCAACUGUUUAGGAAGUUUUAAAACCCAACAUUUUCAUAUUUUUGGGAGAUUUCUUGUACAACUUCAAGCAACAAUUACUCGUAUGAUUUAAAAGCAUAUUGUUACCAUACACCACUCUAUGCAUCAUCCCCGAGUAAUAUCUCCGUUUCGAAAUGCAUCAUCACUUAUAGUAAUUGGAAAGUAGCAAUGUGACAUGCCUUGCUCACCGUGGUCCAAUUUGGUCGUUUUUACAUUUUUCUCAAUUUUUAUGUUCCGUUUGUGCAAUCUGUUUGUUGUGAAAAUGUAACCGUGUCUAAGUGAAAAAUUGUCGAGAAAUUUACUUUGCUCAAUACCUGUUUCCAUUAUCAGCAAGUGCCGUUCUUGAAACUGCGAGUUCAAAUUCCUUCGCCUUUUCUACCCUAAUCUGUCAAUUCCAUAAUAUUAGGCGUGUAUUUAUUUUCCCGCACUAACGAGGCCUAAAUGUGUGAUUUCAUUUAUCUUAUAAUAUUUCGCGAUCGCAUACAAAUAAAAUUAUUUUAUUCAUUGUA